AUGUAUCAAUUUUCACCAUCUUCAACUGCACUUCUAGAACGAUGUAUAGAAUUAGCUAAACAAAAUGAGCAGACUAAUGCAUGGAAAGAACGAUUUUUAGUCAGUAUGGACUCCAAAGUAAGUGAUAAUGCUGAAGAAACACUAGCUGUAUGUAAUCUAGAGAGUUCAGAAGAAAUGGAAAUAAUUGUUAAUCCGACUUACACUGACGACAAAUAUAGAGAGAUAGAAGCGGACCCAAUAUUAAAUAUUAAUAUUUUAUUUGAAGAUGCCAAUAAUGGCGAAUUAUUAACAAAAUUAGCACAGAAUAUAGAUGAUACAUGUGCUGAAAAAUUGUUUAAUCACAUGAUGAAAAACCACAUAAACUUGAAGUAUAUAGAAAUAUUUUUUAAAUAUUUUUUACCGCAUUACUUUAAACGACACCAGAGUCGGUUGUGUUUAGAUGUUAUGAUAAAUGCAUAUAAUGUUUACCCAGCCCAGUUCCACAUAAUUUUAAAAAACAUGGUGAAUGAUGAAACUAGUACAAAUAUUUUACAAGAGUUUGUUUCUACUCUGAGUCCGUCUAAACAGACUGACAUUUUGAAAAUCAUUAUGGCGUCUAAUAUUUCUUCUAAUACAUUUAUGAGACACAUGUUUUCUAUUCAUGCUUGUUAUAAAAAUUGUACAGGAAUUGAGAAUAUAGACAAUUUUAUAUUUGUUAAACUGAAAGAGGCAUCAGGAGACUGUGUCACAGAUAAGCAAUAUGGAAGACUUUUGUUUACAUAUCUACAAAAUAAAAAAGAUUGUAAUAAUAUACAUUUAAAGAAAAUUGUGGAAAUUCACAGAUCCCCUUUUAGAAGACCAUGUUUAAAUCUAUUAAAUGGAAUUUCUGAGAAGUCUUGUUAA